AUGUCAAUCAGGAAGUCGAUCACGACGCCAAAAUCAUGGUUCUCAUCAAGGUCUUCAAAAACAUCAGAAAAGCCAACAUCACCUACCUCAACACCACCUACCUCAACAUCACCUACCUGGGAAUUUCAUCAAUUCACUCGCCUCCCCUUGGAACUUCAACGCCAAAUCUGGCGUUCCCUGUUCCCUUCCUCCCGAACCGUCUCCCUCUCCUACAACAUCACUCCCUUCCAAGCUCACUCCACUCCACCCCCCAUCACCCUCUCCAUCUGUUCUGAAUCACGUUCCGAGACACUCUUACACUACACUCUUCUUUACCGUUCGGAAUUCCCCGGAUCUCGUGGGAAAUCUGGUGGCAAUUGCGGGAUUCUCCUCAGCAAAUGCAUGAGACAGCCUAUUUGUGUAAAUCCCCUCACGGACACGAUUUCCUUUUUCGCCGGGGAUCUAUGCGGGGAGAAUUUCAAAGGUCGAAAACGCUUCGUCGAGUGGAUGGCAUUUUUGGACUCGGUGGAUAGGAGGAUUUUGGAUGGAGCCACUGUGGUGCAGUUGGAGGGCCUGGAUUGGGAUAAUACGAUGUAUAUACAUCUGAAGUUUCAGGAAUGGUUAAGGUGUAAGGAAGUAGUGGUGGAGUAUGAGGGACAGGGAGGAGCGGAGAGCUGGGAGGAAUUAAAUUACGGGGGUUUGUUGAGAUUGGAGAAAUUGCAGGAAAUUAGGUGUAGGUAUACUCAUAGCGAGUAUAUGGGAAAUUUUGAGGAGCAGUUAAGGACGUUCUUGGGAUUUCAUACACAGGUUUGGGGUGGGAAGAUUCCCGUUGUGAAGAGGGUGUCUUGA